AUGUCUAUUCAGAGAACCGGCUUGAAGAUCAAGCAGUUUCUGUCUCUCAACCGGAAACAUCAUGCCUUUGAUGAUUCUGUGGACAAUAUUGAUAGCAUAUCGUUCGUGGAGCCAAAGCAGUCUACCAACACCCCGCACAGGCUAUCAUGGCGACUUUCUCAAAAAAGUCAGGAAACUUCAUCAUCAACACCUCGACGAACCAGCAGUAGUACCACAAUAAAAAGUUACCAACUACCCUCUGCCACUGAGUCUCCUUAUUCGUCACAAAGCUCUUUGUGUAGUUGUAACUGCGAAACCAAUCAAGAGUCGAUUGAAUAUUCUUUGUUUAGGACUGCGCCUCUUCCGAACCCAUUCGAAAUUCUUUAUCAACCGCCACUUUCCCCAUCGAGAGCUACCGGCGAUGCACAAACAUGGAAACUCAUUUUUCCAGAAUCCUUAUCACGAUCAAGAUCAUCCAGCUUCUCGAGAUAUGGCGAAACCACUUCUUCGGGGUCAACUAUAAGAGUAUCGACCUUUGAAACGAUCGAAAAUCACGGCAUGGGACGAGAAGUUAAAGGGAAACCUUCGAGACAGAGCGUAACGCAUAGCGAAGACAUGGAGCGGGACAAUAUAUCAGCCGAUGUUGAUCGAUUGAUCAAGGACACAGAUGAGGCCUUCCAGGCGGUUGGGUCAGCACUUGCAAGUGCCAAAGCCUCUACAAGAGGUUGGUAUGGCGAGUCUAUUGCAAACACGCGACAUGAAACCAGGUCCAAUCCAAUUGCAACUCCCCCGAAGCAAUUCUCUCCUAGUCCCCGGGGUGUUUCAAAAAAGACUUCUCGAUCACAAUUGCUACCACUCUCUCCACGACCGAUGCCAGUAGCACUUUCAGCAAAAUGGAAGAAUUCAGUUGUAUCCAAGAAAAAGAAAAGCACUGGCGUAUUUAGUCGCGCUCUUCGACGAGGUCAACCUGUUCGCUUGAAUGCACCACCAAGAUGGAAUAUUUCAGACGUGACGACGAACGUUGUAGACGUAUUCAGCGGAAAGCUUUUUCGGACAACAGAGGUUGACGAGAUGCUAACUCCGGGUCGGUUGCAACAAAUUCGUCAAGACAUGGAGUUAGAGAUCCAACCAAAGAACUCUUUUGAUUCAGGUCUUAGUAUCGAAACAGUAGGAAGUGAUACACCAACCUCGCCGUUCCACCUGGAAAGUCUUUCAUCAAGAAUUGAUGCCGCGAAUUCUUUCACCCGUUCAAGGCCUGCUCCAGUUCCCCCCCUGCCACUUCUUCCUCUUCCACCACUGCCAACACAUGAUAAAACAUCUCUAGAAAAUCAGCCACGGGUUCAUUUCUCGGAUCCAGGAAGGAUAGAUGAUAGAAUGAUGAUUGCAGACUUACAGUUCCCGUCUCCCCCAUCACCCCCCUCGGGAUCCCUUAAAAGCCACCAAUUCAUAAACGAGCCCCCAAUACUACCUAAGAUACCAGAAGUAUCACCCAUUAAUCUCUCAACAGCACCUGUCAGAGAAACACUCUCAUCCCCGCUGCAAACAAUACACUCUAGCCCAUCCUCCGAAUCUGACGAAGAUGAUACUAUCAAAUUACCGAGUACCCCGUAUACCACCACGUCCCCCCUUUUCCAGCACGGGCCUAUCCUUUUUUCGCGCGCUCUUCUAGCAGAACGCCAGCGCGAAGCACUGCUGGAAGCAAAAUACGAUUCCUUGAACACAUUUGAAGACGUUGAUUGGACAGCAUUCCAAAUGGCCAUUCAAGGAACUAUGGAUCUCCCAAUCGAGGAUCCAACCAUUACAGAAGGAAACGAAUCGAAUGAGCCCUUCAUCUCAGAGGAUGAGGAAGAUUAUUACUCUUGGUGGUUAGAUUUUCAUCUCGGUCCUAUUGGGGGGAUGGGUACGAGGGCCUCCUCGCCGUGGGGCGGAAGUGCAAGCAGCGGGAUUUUAGAGCUAGAAGCUGAUCUCACAUUCGGUGAAGAACAGGGGGAUGCGAGGUUACUUGACAUUGAUAUGCUGGCUUUUCCAUCUCCUUUGCUUUCAUCACCCAAGAGAAUAAGUACACCACCACCGCCGAAGCGAAAAUCCACCCCACCUCCCCCGGUACCUCCUCGGUUUUGCUCGGCUAGAGUCAGAACCAAACCGAGACCAUUCAGUUUCCAACUUUCUUCUGCCGGAUCGGAAGAACUCUCUGUCUUGGACCUUAGGAGUCGCAGAGAUCAAAAUGUUCCUGCGCGUUCUCUCGAGCAUACGAUUGCGAGACCGAUGAUUGAGCCAGAUACGAUAACGUUUGUACCUAGACCUUUAGAUACUCCGGCUAGUAUGGCGAGCUUUCCGAUGAGUCCUAUGCCCCAACUUACUGGACAUGGCGAGGGUGAAGUGGUUAUGGGAAGUAAUUUACAUCAUGAUCUGGGGGACUUUUUGAGUUGGGAAAGUCAGUUUGUGCCAUUCGGGGAGGAGGAUAAUUUGGUUGAGGGAGUGGAGGAGGAGGAUUUAUACAGUGCUUAG